AGGCAGGAACAGCUCCUGCCAUUAAAAGGAGAAGCCAAAAAUUCUCCCACAGUAAUUCAUUUACUAACAUGCUGAAAAAGCACCAUUUGAGUGCUUUAAUGCAAGGCGUAGACACACUUUCUCCAGCAGCUGCUGACAACGUUUCCAGUUUACACAGAGCAGCUGCCCGUGCUGUACAAGCCCAGCCCUGGACGAGCGGGCUUUCACAUGGGCUUCUGCAGCAAACCACUGCUCCAUAAUUCCUAUCAAAUUCCCAAACCCACCUUUUCCCUGUUAAGGCUAUCUUUGCAAGAUAUCCCAGUGUGACCGGAUUGUAUAAGUGGUCCAAAAGAUAAGUGAUGGCCAGGAAAAAUUGAUGGGAAAACCCAACUUUGAGGUCAGCAUGCGCAAUAGCAAAUGGAAAAUGCAGUGUCUGAGCUGACAGCUCCCCGUGCCCUUAGGGAUAGCGAUGUGGUAGCCGGACUUCAGUUCUGAGGAGACUGCAGCAAGCCAACUAGGACUCAAAGCAGCUGGAACCGACGAUGAGGGGCCCAGCAGGCUUCCUCCUUUGCUCACUGCUGCUGCUGGCCCCCCACUGCACAGAGGUGGCUGCCCAGGACAUCCAACCCGACCCCAAAACGCCGUGUGCCAACUGGAUGGGAGGAGCACCCGGCUACCCCGGCCACAACGGGCUCCCUGGCCGCGAUGGGAAAGAUGGACAAGACGGACUAAAGGGAGAGAAAGGAGAGACAGGUAUGCAAGGUCCCAAAGGUGAACAAGGAGAAACAGGAAUCCCAGGGCGGGAAGGGCCACGAGGAUUUCCUGGAUACCCAGGGCAGAAGGGGGAGAAGGGUGAAGGUGCUUUUGUCUACCGCUCCGCCUUCAGUGUGGGGCUGACAGAGCGAGCCCCCCACCCCAACGUCCCCAUCCGCUUCAGCAAGAUCUUCUACAACGAGCAGAGCCACUACGAUGCCAGCACUGGCAAGUUCCUCUGCAACAUCCCCGGCACGUACUAUUUUGCCUACCACCUGACGGUCUACCUGUCGGACGUCAAGGUCAGCCUCUACAAGAAGGAUAAGGCGGUGAUCUUCACCUACGACCAGUUCCAGAAGAACAACGUUGACCAAGCAAGCGGCUCCGUCUUGUUGCACCUCAGCGCUGGGGAUGAGGUCUGGCUUCAGGUGUAUGGGGAGGGGGACAACAACGGUGUCUACGCCGACAACAUCAAUGAUUCCACUUUCAUGGGCUUCCUCCUGUACCCAGACCCAGAUGUCCAUUAAAGCAGGGGGUGCUACAUGGGGAGAGAUUAGGUGGCUUAACCCUGGAUGGUGUCCUGGGGCACUGGCGCUAUAGCUAUACUGUAUUUACCAGAUAACUGCCUCUUGCAGGGGCAACAAUUGCCAAGGGUGGACCCUGCCUCCUGUGCAAUCAGCGAGGUUACACAUAAGUGACUUCCAUGGGACCAAGAGCUCACUCCUACCUCUGCUCUUGCUCUUCCUAUGGAAACCUGGGUUUAAAUUCAAACAACACUCCCACCACAUCAUCAAAGAGCAACUCUCAAGAUGACCUAACUUUUCUUUAAAUUUAGAAGUGGUAAGAGAAGAAUUGGUUACAUUUCAAUAUCACAUUCUAAAUUUCCCCUUUUCAACGACCUAAAUUCAUUUAAAACAAUGGCACACAUCUUAGCCAGCUUUUUGCAAUUUCAGUAGCAGAGGAAGAAGACUAUUCACCAAAGCCAUCUCUGCUCUUGUUUUCAGCUGGAACAGAUGGCUCCAUCUUUUCCAUCGUAACUCCCUGUCUUAGUAGGCCCUUUGAUUUCCACCCAUGGUUUGUUGUCACCCUCCUUCAGCCCAGAUCUUUGAAUAUAUUCAUAGUAUUAACUUGCAUUGAUUUUAAUCCUUUGAUUUUCCUUUCAUGUUUAUCCACUACCGUUACCGCUCAGUUAGGCAGCAUGCUCGUUUAGGGCAGGGAUCUCUCUUGAUUUAUCUGAAAAGCCUUAUGAACGCCAGGGAGGCCACACAACAAAAGCAGCUCGUUGACCUUUGGGGUCCCAAAGCGAUCACAGAUGUGUUGGCCACAUGGUUGUGAUGCUCAGAAAUGCCAGAGGUUUCCCUGCAAACCCCAUGCCUGGCUGGGGAGCAGAAGGUCCCUCAAGGCUCCUGGUCAGCGGGGACCUCAGGGUGGAGGAGGCGUCCCUUCCCAAAUCACUCACCUGGCACUGGAAGUGAUGGCACAAGUACUUCUUCAGCCCAGAGGCCACCGGAUGGGCCACACGACCAGCAUCUGCCAGUUCCCAUCUGCAAGCUGGCAGGAUCCUGUCCCAUCUGCCCCCUGAACAGCUCCCAAGUGCAGUCAGAAGUUGAGAUGUAGCAACCAUGUUUCUACUUUUUCAUAGCAUAAGCAUGUCAUACGCAGUGGUUUCCUGGCCAGAGCUUCAGGUGCUGGUGCAACCUCCCACGGUGAGUGGGCUUCUGGGAUGAACACCCUCAGGACUUGUCGCAGCUCUUGGCACCGUUAACUUCAUGGGGGAAGAGUAUUAAGGCUGGGAUUAAUAGCAGUCCCACCAAACUGCUCUCCAAGGAGCUUGCCUGACGUUUAGCUAGAAGAGGAUUUGAUGGUUUCUCAGAUAUGUUCAAAGACAACUCUCAUUAAGCUAACACAGACCACAGCUAAUGCGUUAUUACAAGCAAAAAACAGAAUUAAGAGCUUCAACUGAAAUUCCUUCCAACACCAGCAUUUUCUACACUCCAGUGCAUUACCACAUUAUAAAUAAUAACAAUAAAAUACUCUCUCAAUGAGAAUGCUCCA